AUGACUGAUGAACUUAAAAACAAAAGACGGGUCAUUAAAGCAGCUCUCACACGAUUUGAAAAUUACUUUAACUUAAAAAAGUCUUUGGAAAACCUUCCUUUUGAAGAAGUAGAACAAUUAAAAAACAGAUUACUUAAGGCUACUACAUUUUUAGAUGAUUUUAAUGACGUUCAAAUGAGCAUUGAAAACUUAGACCCUGAAUUUGACAAAAAUUUCGAUUCACAUUCAGAACAACGUGAAAAUUUUGAAAAUCAGUUUUACCGUAUUACAUCUGAAGCCAAAAAAUAUUUAGACAAUAUUAUUACAAAACAAAAUGCAGAGUUGAACUCUCAAAAUGUACAACAAACAGGCACUGAUAAUAAUAUGACUUUUGCAUCGAUAAAACUCCCACAAAUUAAUUUACCCACAUUCGAUGGUGCCCAUGAUCAAUGGCUUUAUUUCAGAGACACUUUUCGAUCACUCAUUCAUAAUAAUAAUUCACUAACAUCUACACAGAAAUUUCACUAUCUACGUCUUUCUCUAAGAGGCAUAGCAAACGAAACUAUUUCAUCUCUAGAAGCUUGUGACGAUAAUUAUCAAAUUGCUUGGAAUAUUCUGCAAGACAGAUUUGAAAAUAAACCUUUACUUGUUAAUAAUCACAUUAAAUCAAUUUUUAAUUUACCAUCUCUCACUAAAGAAUCACAUCAAGGUUUAAGAAUGCUACUAGACGGUGUUCAGAAACAUAUAAACGCCUUAAAGGUUUUGAAACUUCCUACAGAACAUUGGGACGCACUUAUUAUACAUAUAAUAACUUCCAAACUUGAUAAUGCUACAAGACGUUCUUGGGAAUCUACAAUUUUUAACACUGAACUACCAACUUAUAACGAACUUAUAGAUUUUUUAAAAGAAAAAUGCCGUAUAUUAGAAACUAUUGAAACAAAUUACAUAUCAAAAUCACAGAAGAAUUAUAAAAAUGAACCACCUCUUAAACGCGAUUUUAAAACAUUUUUAACAACAGAAAAUAAAUGUUCGAUGUGUAAAGGUGAUCAUACAAUUUAUAACUGUACUUUUUUCCUAAGUCUUUCUCCCACUGAAAGAUUUAGUGAUAUAAAGAAAAAGAAAUUCUGUAUAAAUUGUCUUGGUUCUAAUCAUGUAACAAAAGACUGUAAAUCGUCUGGUUGCAAAAAGUGUGGUAAAAUUCAUCAUACUUUAUUACAUUUCAAUGAAAAUCCUAGAACUCAUGAUAAAGUUAGUACAGGAAUAGAUACACCAUCCAACUCAAACACACCUUUAGUUUCACCUUCAACUUCAACAACGCUUACAAUUAAUAAUUUAUCGACAAAUGUUGCUUUGCUAUCAACAGCUAAUGUUAAUAUAUAUGACUCUAACGGAAAAUUACAUAGUUGUCGAGUUUUAUUAGAUAGUGGUAGUCAAUCCAAUUUUAUAUCUGAGAGACUAUGUGAUAUAUUACAUUUAACCAAGGAAAAAACAUCAUUUUCUGUUUCUGGGAUUAAUCAAAUAUCUGAAAUACUUAAACAUAAGGUUAUUGUUAAAAUACGUUCUGCUACAAUAAAUUAUGAAGCGAAAUUGACUUGCUUGGUUGUACCUGAAAUUACGGGAAAUUUACCCUCAGUAUCUUUUGAUCACACUUUGUUAAACAUCCCAAAACAUAUACAAUUAGCCGACCCAAACUUUAACAUUUCAAAACCAAUUGAUUUACUGAUCGGCGCUGACUUAUUUUGGGAACUACUUAGCAUUGGGCAAAUAAAACUGGGAACUGGACUUCCUAUUUUGCAUAAGACAAAACUUGGGUGGAUUAUUUCAGGGCCUAUAAUUAAUAAUUUUCACAAUAAAACAACAUGCCAUUUUAAUCAAAAUAUUGAACAACAACUUCACAAAUUUUGGGAAAUUGAAGAUUUUCAUAAAAAUAAAUUUUUAUCGACUGAAGAGUCUUACUGUGAACAACAUUAUUCAAAAAACACUGAGCGAAAUUCUGACGGACGUUUUAUUGUUAAACAACCUUUCAAACAAUCUGAAGACAUUUUAGGUGAUUCGAAAAAUACUGCUAUUAAUCGAUUUUUAAAUUUGGAACGUAGGUUUGAGAAAAAUUCUAAUUUGAAAAAAGAAUACCAAAAUUUCAUAACUGAAUAUCAAAAUUUAAAUCACAUGACUUUAGCCAAUGAUCAAACUGACAUAUCUGGAUUUUUCCUACCACAUCACUGUGUUUUUAAAAUGGAUUCAACUACAACAAAACUACGAGUUGUUUUUGACGGUUCUUCUAAAUCAACUUCUGGAUAUUCAUUAAAUGACUUAUUAAUGGUGGGACCUAACGUUCAAGACAGCUUAUUUAAUAUUUUAACACGAUUCAGAUUUUAUCCUAUUGUUUUAAGCGCAGACAUCGAGAAGAUGUAUCGACAGAUUUAUCUCCACGAAAGCCAACGUCAUCUACAAAAAAUUCUGUGGCGUCCUGAUAGAAAUCAGGAUCUGCUCGUAUAUAAUCUUAAUACUGUGACUUAUGGAACAGCUUCUGCUGCAUUUCUUGCUACUCGUUCUCUUCAGGAGAUAGGACAUCUAGAAGCGAAUGACAAUCCUAACAUUAGUGAUAUUAUUUUACAUGAUUUUUACGUAGACGAUCUUCUCACUGGUGGACAAACCCCACAAGAUGUAAAGGAACUAAAAGAUAAUCUUUAUAAAACUCUUCAUAAAUAUGGAAUGAAUCUACGAAAAUGGCUAUCUAAUGAUAAAUCUAUCACUGCAGAUUCCGAUGACAUAUUUAUUUCUCUUGAUUAUGACAACCAAACUAAGACGCUAGGUUUACUCUGGAAUUCUCUAUCUGAUUCAUUGCAAUUUAAUAUUAAACACGAAAUACCCGAUAAGACUACUAAACGCACGAUACUUUCUUCAAUUGCUCAAAUUUUUGAUCCAAUGGGACUUUUGACUCCAGUCACGAUGACUGCCAAAAUCAUUCUACAGCAACUUUGGAAGAUUAAAAUUGAUUGGGACGAAUCUAUACCUGCGGAUCUGCAUACAAGUUGGUCCACAUAUAGAACCCAACUUAUUCAAUUAAAUAAACUUAAAAUCCUAGAUUAG